AUGCAGAGGUUCUUUGAGCACCGGGCUGUGGUCUCCCGCUUGUCCGUCGGUGCCCGCAGCUAUUCAACUACACAGCCAAAGGUUCCCUUGAUCUACAGAGGGGGAAAUGAUAAAUAUGAAAAGACGCUUGGGAACUUGAAGGUUGGUGCGUCUACGAGGGUUAUGUAUCAAGGGUUCACAGGUUCGUGCGCAACCGCAAAUGCACUGCAAUCGCUUGACUAUGGUACUCAAAUAGUAGGCGGUGUGAGCCCUAAUAAGAGGGGGGCUCAUCUAGGGCUUCCCCUGUUUCCAACAAUGACAGAAGCCAUGAAAUAUUUGAAGCCAGAUGCAACGGCUGUCUUCGUAGCAGCACAGUACGCGGCCAAUGCCAUAAAGGAGGCAAUUGAAGUUGAAAUCCCGCUAGUAGUUGCAGUUGCUGAACACGUUCCUGUUCAUGAUAUCCUCGAGAUUCAUAGUAUGCUUAAAACACAAUCAAAAACCAGGCUCAUAGGGGCAAAUUCUCCUGGAAUAAUCAACCCACAUACCCGUACCCGUAUCGGUUUCAUGCCGUAUCCUUCUUUUUCCUCUGGGUGUAUCGGCAUCGUGGCCAAGUCUGGGACUCUUUCCUAUGAGGCUGUAUCCUCUACAACACGUGUAAAUCUUGGUCAAUCUCUCGUUAUUGGCGUAGGCGGUGACUGGCUUGCUGGAACAACUCUCGUGGAUGGAGUUAAAGUGCUACUUGAGGAUAAACACACCAAGGGUAUCAUUAUCAUUGGUGAAGUUGGUGGAAAUACCGAGCUCGAGGUGGCCGAUAUUUUGAGUAGUUGGAAGGGGGAGCGAAAGCCCGUAAUGGGACUUAUUGGUGGCGUCACAACACUAGGAGGGAGGGUAAUGGGUCACGCAGGAGCCAUUCGGGGAGUGGGAGAUGUUGGUGCGAGUGAUAAGAUUAAGGCUCUCGAGUCGGCGGGGGUCGUUAUGGUAAAAGAUCCAGCACAAUUUGGGCCAGGCAUGGCAAAACUUCUUGGCUUCGUGCCAGAAGUUCAUAGUGCAGGUAAUCUUGGAAUCUUGGGUCGGACUGUGCAGAAACGAGAUUACCAUACAAGCUUUCGACCACUUAAGUACCGUUCACCUAUUCAGCACCGCAGCCUGCAUCUCAGACCGAGCCAAGCUGCCGACAUAUUACAAGAAACUGGAAUAGACACUCAUGAGCACCUCGAAGCUCACGAAUCGUUCACAAAAGACACUGCGCAAAAAUUUGGACUCUCACUAACAAUCGAUCGCUCCUCCAGCUCUCCGUGCUUUUUUGUCAGCUCACCUAGUAAACCGUCUCUUACCGGAUUUGCAGUUGACUAUAAUACCGACUCACUCUCUCACACAGCGGAGAACAUUGUGAAGCACUUGGAACUACCGGAAUGGGCCCUGGAGCACAUAUUCCCACUUCUGGAGAGUUUAUGGCAGAUCUUUAGGACUCGUGAAGCAUAUAAUUUGUCCAUAGCAAGUAUAUCGGUAACACCUGGUAAUCUAUCGAUCGAGGAGGAGAGUGUCGAGUUCGUAUUCGAUGAUGCCGCAUUUAGAAGUGCAGGAAGGCAGAAAGAUUUGCAUGCUUUACGGGAUAUUGAAAACGAAGUUGAAGAGGAAUUAGAGGCAGAAAAGGCUGGGUUUGCAUAUGUCAAGCUACCCGGAGAAGGCGCUAAUAUCGGAACACUUGUCAACGGGGCGGGAUUAUCAAUGAAUACAUGCGAUGUGAUAGUGCACCACGGUGGUGCCCCAACAAAUUUCCUCGAUACUGGCGGUAGAGCGACUAAGGAGACAGUUAAAGAAGGAUUUAGGUUAUUGCUAAAGGAUCAGCGUGUAAAGGCCAUAAUAGUGAAUAUAUUUGGUGGAAUAACAAUGUGUGACAUGAUUGCAGAAGGAAUUGUAAUUGCCUUCGAAGAGUUAGGCGUCAAGGUUCCAGUCGUGGUUAGGUUGAGAGGGACAAAUGAAGAUUUGGGGAGGAAGAUUAUACGUGAAAGUGGAUUACCGUUGUUUGCAUUUGAUGAUCUGGAGAGUGCGGUGAAGACUGUUAUUUCUCUGGCAAAUGAGGGCUCGAAUGCAAAGAUAAAUUAA